UUGAAUUUCAAGUGACAGCUGGAUACUAAAGAAAUUCCUAGGAGCCUGAAACUCCAAAACCCCAAAAAGGAAACAUUCAGGAAAAAACUACAUAUUUUUAAAGUAAGACAAGAUCCCCCAAAUGAAAAUGAAGGAAUACCAGCUGAUCCCAUCCAGAGUGAAAUGUACAGGAAAAGCAAGAAGCCAAGCCUUGUGAUAGAUUCUGCUUUUGACCAGCAGGGAGGUGCUAACCAAGUCUCUUCAGAAGAUCUGUGCUACACUCUCGUCAACCACACGGUCCUCGGGAGACGGCCUUCAGUGAAUUCUGCUGAGCAGCACUAUGAGAAUAUUUCCUCUCUGGCUGUGAAGCCCACAAAGUCCUUGAGAGAAAAUGAAACGGAGUAUUCACUUCUCUAUGUGCCUUCCCCUCAGGCCAAAAGACCCACAAAGUCCUUGAGAGAAACUGAGACUGAGUAUUCACUUCCCAAAGUGUCUUCCACCCUUAAGCACCUACCUUUCUCAGAUGAUGAAUAUGAACUCUUCAUGCCUGAUAGUACCAGCUCUUCACUUCCAGCAACAACCAUUUCCACAUCUUUCCCUUUCUGA